AUGUCUUCCGAGAGCCCCCCACACCUUGAAGAAGAACCGCGGUGUGCGUGCAUGGAGAAGGAAUAUAUUCAAAGCCUCAAUAAGCGGUUUGCGUCGUACGUUUCUCGGGUGCGACAAUUGCGGAGUCUAAGCGGCAGUGGAGCAGGAGAGAGUAGUAGCCUUUAUAGCGUUAGCCUUGCAAACACGUCAACUGUGAAGAUACAAGAAAAUCAGAUCACUGCAUUAAAAACCAUGUAUGAGCGUCAGCUUGAAGAACUUAGGACCAAAUUGGGAGAAAUUACUCGCGAUAGAACCCAGCUUCAGCUGGCUACCACCAAGAAUACUGGUUUGAUAACCGAGCUACAGACCCGGUGAGUAGACAACAAACAAACUUUUAGCGAAGCUUUGUUAAGCGUUCACCCUCCAGAUCGUGAACUGCUAUGUUAAGGGGUCGCGGGAAUCAUCUCCCUAAUUUCUGUAAACUGCUCUGAAUUAACCGGUCACCAUUAUAAACCAAAAUAAACGGUCCGAGGUCACAUUAUUUUUCUCUUCAACUCUAUUAAACGUUCACUUUGUCGCGAUGCACCAUUUUUAAAAGUUUAAUAGAUACACUGUGUCUGCACGGCGUUUAGUGAUCUUGUAUUUUUUUUCCUUUUUAUUUGGCACAAGAAGAGGUAGAAACACUUUGAGGUCAGUUUGUCGUGUGUUGGCUAUUUCGCUUUGUUGCCAUCGUAAUUUGUCUUAGCUGGUUUCCAGUCAAGCGUGUAUUAAACAGCAACCGACCGUUCGAGGUUUUACUGUACAAAAGUUCAGUUAACUCAUUUAUAUCCCCCGGUAACAAUUACAGCUCAGUUUUCCAUGAAAAUCUCAACAUUAAUUCGUUGGCAAGACGUUCUUUUCCUUAGCGCAGCUAUCAUCCAAGCGACCGGAAUUGGUAGGCACGAAUAAUUUCGCAUCUCAGAUACAACACAUUUUCUAGACAAUAGAUCAUGACUUGCUACUCAUAGCGAUAUUGGGUCUUUUUGACUUUGGUACAGUUUUAAGCAUAGUUAUCCAGUUUAGUUUAGAUAUUUGAUCUUCUUCAAAAAUCAAGUUAAUAUUUAAAAGGAUACACAGCUUUAAAACAAGUACGAACCUUCGACGACAAAUUAAACCUUACUAGAAUAAAAGCAUUUCGUGUUGACGCUCUCAGUAAUCAGAUCUAUGAAUUCAAAAUUUGACCUGAGAUCAGGAUCUAUUUUCCGUUCGCUUGGUAAGUCAAAUUCCGGAAUUCCCAGGCGAAAGAGAAAAUUUAGUAAUGUGGCAGCUGCUAAAAUUAAAUUGGGUCUGAUCCGGUAUGUGUUCUGGGGUAAUUGUACUCAUUUGACGGUAUCGCGGAAAUUACUUCUUCUUACUAUACAUGUAUAUGAACACUUUAAGGCUUGAGAAUGAGGCGAAUAUCCGGAAAAAGCUGGAAGAAGCUUUGAAAGAUGCCCAACGAGCUAUCGCAGACAAGGAAGCUCUCUUGCAAGAUGCACGAAAUGAAGCUGCCCAACGGGAGAAUGCUCACAUUGAGACCAAACAAGAUAGAGAUGGUCUUCUGGCUACUCUGACACGAACUCAGCAAGCUUUAGAGGUGGAAAUGGCGGCAAAAGAUGAAUUGCAAAAUCUAGCAAAUGAGCUUAAGCCUGAGCUUAAGGAAAAGUUCCAUUUUCAGCAACAGCUUUCUGAGAAG